GUUCAAUGUAUCUUUGCCUGCCUACAUCAAUCUGCAAGGGAGUGUCAGAAAGGCCCCGCAUUCGCCGAGCCGUGACACGACCCGUCAGCGAAUCAAAUUCAGUGAUGACAGAGUGUGCAAGAGCCACCUUCUCAACUGCUGCCCUCAUGACGUGCUCUCUGGAACUAGAAUGGACCUUGGAGAAUGUCUGAAGGUGCAUGACCUGGCAUUAAGGGCAGACUAUGAAAUAGCAUCCAAAGAUCAAGAUUUCUUCUUUGAGCUUGAUGCAAUGGACCACCUGCAGUCAUUUAUUGCAGACUGUGACAGGAGAACGGAAGUGGCUAAGAAAAGACUAGCAGAAACCCAAGAAGAGAUCAGUGCUGAAGUUGCAGCUAAAGCUGAAAGAGUUCACGAAUUGAAUGAAGAAAUUGGGAAACUGCUGGCCAAAGUGGAACAACUUGGAGCUGAUGGGAAUGUGGAAGAAUCUCAGAAAGUAAUGGAUGAAGUGGAGAAAGCUCGGGUAAAGAAGAGAGAAGCAGAAGUAAGUGGAUUGUGUAAAGCCGGGGUGUUGGAGAGGGCAGAGUCCAAUACUAAAUUGGUUGACAUCUGU